AAUCAGCAACUUCAACUUCAACUAACUCUAAGAGCUCACCUCAUACUAUAUUACUUACAAGUAACUCUUUUCCAUUGUAUUCUCUACUUUCUUCUCAUCUUCAAUUCCUUCUAUCUCUCAUCUGUAUAUAUAUAUAUAUAUAUAUACUCCAUAUGCAAUUAUGCAUGAACUUGUGAGAAUACCAAGAAAUUAAACUCAGUAAAAUGGCUAACUCCGGGAAAAGCAUUCAAGAAAAGACGCUAACCGGCGUCGGAAACCUCAUACGCCUGCUCCCCACCGGCACCGUCUUCAUAUUCCAGUUCCUCAACCCCGUCCUGACCAACAACGGCCAAUGCGCCGCCGUGAACAAGUGGCUCUCCGCCGCCCUCAUCGCCAUCUGCGGCUUCUCCUGCGGCUUCUCCAGCUUCACCGACAGCUACACCGACGACCAAGGCCAGACGCACUACGCCGUCGCCACGGCCAAGGGGCUCUGGCCGUCCCCCGGCGACGGCGGCGACUGGUCGGCGUUCAGAAUCCGGCUCGGAGACUUCGUCCACGCCGCGUUUACGAUGCUGGUUUUCGGGGCGCUCGUGCUUUUGGACCGCAACACUGUGGAUUGUUAUUACCCGGCGUUCGAGUCCACCCAGAAGGUUCUGCUCAUGGUGUUGCCGCCGGUAAUCGGCGCCGUUUCCGGCUCCGUAUUUAUGAUUUUCCCGAACAGGCGCCAUGGCAUUGGGUAUCCUCAGGAACAGGUUGACGACAAAACUAAAUAACCUCGGAGUCGUCGAAUUUCCACUACAUAUAGUACAUACCAAGAUUGCAUGAAUAAUUCCAACACUAAAAUUUCCAAAAAAAUAAUAAUAAUAAUUUUUUUGAGUGACAGAAAAACCUGCCGCUACUAUUAAAAGGUGUGCACCAUAGAUGGUUCGUGAAUGAUUUAGUAAUUUAUUUUCUUUGAGUUAGUAUUUGUGAGUGUUUAUUUUUAAAAUAUUAUGUAUUUAAAUGUUGACAUAAUAAUAUACUGUAAAGUUUUGUGUGGAUUAA